AUGUGCCAACAGUCGCGCGUUCGAUGUAUGAAUAUGCUAUGCUGUCUAUCACUGGUCCUAAAGCUACUGAUUGGUCGUCAGCUUGCACUUGCAGAAGUAUUUGACGAACUAUGCACUGCAGACUGUCCACCAGAAGGCUGCAAGUGCACUGGACACCCUGGAAGAACGGGACGUCCCGGGGCUAUGGGAGUCGCUGGUCCUGAGGGACCUCCAGGAGACUUGGGACCGCCGGGACCUGCAGGGGAAUAUGGCGACAAAGGAAGGGCCGGUCUACCAGGCAAACCUGGUCCAAUAGGCUACCCUGGCGAAAUGGGUCCAACAGGAGUCGCAGGCACACCAGGAGAAUCGGGUUUUCCAGGGCCACGUGGAGCGACUGGUGAUGAGGGAGACCCUGGAUGUAUUGGUCCACCAGGAGAAAUCGGAGCUAAAGGCCAACAUGGCGAACAGGGUGCCUCUGGGCAUCCAGGAAGACAUGGGCAGAAGGGGCCCAAAGGAUUUGCUGGAGGGUCGAGGGAAGGAUUGGCAGGUGAAAAGGGUGAAGUCGGUCCACAGGGAGAGCCUGGAUUUCAAGGUGACCCUGGCUUUAAGGGUGAACCUGGCGUACCUGGAAACAGAGGAUUGGACGGUGAGCAGGGAACUCCUGGAAUCCCAGGGGAUUUCGGUCCACCAGGUUCACCUGGCAUUUACAGGUACACCCUGAUAAUCAAAGGAGAAAGGGGCCCUCCUGGCGUGGUCGGGACUUCAGGUUUCCCUUGUACAGACGAAAUGAUUCGUCACACCACAGAAGAGCUGGCCCGGAUUACUAGGGGACCGGCAGGUGAACCGGGUGGCCCAGGAACAAAGGGUGACCAAGGUGCUCCCGGAGAACCAGGUGAACGGGGAUUUCCAGGGGAAAUGGGUCCCAAAGGAGAGAAGGGCAAUCAAGGUGCGGAAGGAAUUCAGGGGGAUCCAGGAGACGUCGGUGAUGUCGGCGAACCUGGAGAACCGGGUGUCUCCGGUGUCGAUGGUCCUCGAGGCCCAGAAGGUGGUCUCGGAGAAAAAGGAGAUCGUGGAUUAUUUGGAAGAGAUGGCCAGCCUGGACCUCAAGGGAAGGCUGGCCCACCUGGAGAAGCUACGUGUCCUAUUACCAGUAGGCCGAAAGGUAUGAAAGGUGAACCAGGAUAUCCGGGUGAAAAAGGCGAAAUUGGAACUUUCGGUAAACAAGGAAAAGCAGGUGAAAAAGGUCUUCCUGGCGCGGAAGGACACAAGGGAGUACAAGGCUAUCCUGGUAAACCAUGCGAACCUGGGCCACCAGGCCCGCCAGGCAUCAAAGGUGACCCUGGCUUAUGUGGCGAGACUGGUUAUCCGGGGUUGGAUGGCGAAGUGGGAAAGCCGGGACCGCGUGGUCCUGAUGGAGACGACGGAUAUGGAGAAAUGGGAGAAGUUGGUCCCGUCGGAGUGGAAGGGUUCCGUGGAAAGAAAGGAGAUCAAGGAGAGUCAGGUGACCCUGGUGAAAAAGGAUUUAGCGGGCAGUUUGCUAUUGGAGAAAUAGGCCCUCGAGGAUACCCUGGUGAUCCUGGUGAUCCCGGAUCGCUGGGACUUGACGGACUCCCUGGGGAACCUGGACAAAAGGGCCAACCACUUAGCACUUGUCCACACUGCCCUAACGGGGAGGAUGGUCCUCGUGGUGAUUCUGGGAGACCGGGCCCACAAGGUUGGAAAGGUGUCGCGGGACGCCCAGGGGACAAGGGCGACGACGGUCGCAUGGGAGAGGACGGCACAAUUGGACCAACCGGUCCCAAAGGGCAAAAGGGUAUCUCAGGAGAGCGUGGUUAUCCAGGUGAACGAGGCGAUCCAGGUGAGCCUGCAGUGGUCACAACGGCAGUGGAGUCGAUUGUGCCCGGAGACCCAGGUGACGAAGGCCCAAUGGGAACAAUUGGUGACUUGGGUGAACGUGGAGACGUGGGUGUCCCAGGCGGAGAGGGCGACAAAGGGCGACAGGGACCCGAUGGUGAACCCGGUGAGCAAGGACCAAUGGGCGAAGCCGGUGAAAUGGGAGAUGACGGGCUUCCAGGAGCUCCAGGGGAAAAUAUUACAACCCUCCUAGGUGAUCUGGGUCAAAAAGGUGAACCAGGACCUCCCGGUGAUAAGGGAGCCAAAGGAUCCUCGGGUCUGACAAAAAACUGCACAUUGGACGCAGAAAAAUUCAUUUUUUACAACAUGACAGAUGUGAUUGGUGAUCGUGGUUUCAAGGGCGAACCUGGAGACGUAGGCGAACAGGGUGCUAAAGGUGAACGAGGUCGAAAAGGUGAGAUCGGCCGAAGCGCACUUCCUGCAGAAGUUGGUGACCCUGGGCAGCAGGGAGAGCAAGGUCCAAAGGGAGAUCAGGGACAACCAGGUAUUCGAGGUCCCGAGGGACCCAGGGGAAAUCCAGGAACAAGUGUUGAUGGCGAAACUGGUGAUCAAGGUCCACGUGGGCCAGAUGGUCCCAAGGGCUACGUAGGUGCAGACGGCGAUAUAGGUGAACCGGGUGUGGGAGGCAUCUUCAUCGUUGGUGACCGUGGAGAAGAUGGACAGCAAGGUCAGGAAGGUGAGCCGGGUGAUACCGGUGAGGAUGGCCAAAAGGGAGAGCUGGGACCUAGAGGACGACCAGGGGAUGACGGUUUCUUCGGUGAAAAAGGCGAUAUGGGCGAGAAAGGUGAUGUCGGACCGAAAGGGGAGUCCAGUGCAGACAUGGAAAUGGGUGACCCUGGUGAACAUGGUAACCGCGGACCAGUUGGCCCAUCUGGAGAUCCUGGACCGCAGGGAGAAGAAGGAGAGUGCGUAGAAAUUGGGCUCCCUGGCGAAGAUGGUCCAACUGGAGAGCCUGGGCCAGCUGGGCCGGUCGGUGACGAGGGCGAGCCCGGAGAUCCUGGUGAACCUGGAGUAGAUAUGACCGAUCCAGAAGCCAUUGGUGCCGACGGUGAUGUUGGGGAACCGGGACCGGAAGGUGACGCUGGCGAGCCGGGCCAGAAAGGUGAACCAGGUGAGGUAGGCCAAGUCGGUGAGAAAGGCGAUACCGGACAGUUAGGUCCAGUUGGAGAACCCGGACCUCAGGGCCCACCUGGUCAGUCUGGUCUUCAGGGAUCCGAAGGAGUUCAAGGGCCAAUCGGCGAAACUAUUCAGGGGGAAUCAGGCGACCCGGGUCCACAGGGUCCAGAGGGACAGGCAGGAAACCCAGGGGAACCUGGAAUCGAUGGGCAGGAAGGAGAAGUUGGUGAUUCCGGAGAUGCUGCUGACGGCGUCAAAGGGGAACAGGGGCCGCCUGGAGAGGUUUCAGAGGCCGGUGAACCUGGACCGCGAGGGGCGGAUGGUGAACCAGGAGCUAAAGGCAGUGCUGGUCUAAUCGGGCCCAUCGGAGAGAAGGGUGACGAAGGGCCCCGUGGUGCAAUAGGUGAAGCCGGUGCCACUGGUCCACCUGGAGAAAAAGGAGUGCCUGGUGAUGUUGGAGAACCGGGUCCAGAUGGACCGAAGGGGGAUCCAGGUGAACCGGGAGAACCUGGUAUUCCUGGGGAGGCGAUUCCCGGUCAACCAGGCGGACAUGGUCAUCAAGGGUUACAAGGCUUCCCUGGUCCAGAAGGAGAGCCCGGGGAACCUGGUGUACAAGGUGUUGAAGGAGAAGAAGGCGAAGAGGGAGAGAUUGGAUCGGAGGGUGAGCAAGGUGAAACAGGAGUUGAAGGUCCCAUUGGAGAACCAGGACCCGAAGGUCCACAGGGGCCUAUGGGGGAAGUUGGUCCUGAAGGUAGCGUAGGAGACCACGGAGAAACUGGACCAGUGGGAGCGAAGGGUGCCAUGGGGGAAUCUGGUGAUCCUGGGCCCCCAGCUGUGGACUGCUUACCAAAACGCAAAGGUGAACGAGGUCCCAUUGGAAUGGUGGGCGAAAGAGGCCCACGUGGACCGGACGGUGACCCAGGGCCACAAGGAACCAUAGGACCGAAGGGACCACCUGGAGAGGCCGGUAUUGGAUCCAUUGGCGAUCCAGGGGAACCAGGAUACGUUGGAGAAACAGGGCACCCAGGUGAGCCAGGAGAGCGGGGAAUUCCCGGAUCUGCUGGUUUGGUUGCGCUGGAUGGAGAGACAGGGGAAAAGGGUGAAAGAGGUCAACCCGGCGAAAGGGGAGAACGAGGUCUGCAAGGUGCAGAAGGACCUACUGGCCAGGAUGGUGCUAAAGGUGAAAAGGGACAGCCUGGAAUCGGGGGGAAGGAUGGUGAUCCCGGUCCUGACGGAUAUGAAGGGCUACCUGGGGACCCUGGUUCCCAGGGAGAACGUGGACCCAAGGGUUUGAAAGGUGAAAGUGGGGAUCCCGGUUUGUUUGGUCCAAAAGGUGAACGAGGUCUGGAUCAAAAGGGUGAGAAAGGAGAUCCAAAUGUGGCAGGUGAGCCCGGAGAAGUUGGUGAAACUGGUGACCCCGGACUAGAUGGGGCCAUUGGACCAGACGGUGACUCCGGUGACAUUGGAAUGAAAGGUCAACCGGGACUGGUGCAAGGCGAGCGGGGCGAAGACGGUGAACCCGGCGAACAAGGGGAUAUUGGAGAAGCUGGCCCCAAAGGCGCCACUGGCGAAGCUGGUCUCCCUGGUCCAAAAGGAGAGAAGGGUACUCCUGGUCAAAGCAAUUAUUCGUCCAUUCUCUUUGCCCGCCACUACCAAACCGUAGAUUCUGACGAACCGGAGUGUCCAGAAGGAACCAACAGGAUGUUCGCUGGUUACAGUUUCGUAAUGGGUGGAGGAGUAGAUGACUUAGUCAGCAUGGAUCUUGGCACACCAAGUUCGUGCCUCAUGCGGUUCACUUCGUUACCGAUGACGCAGUGCGAGCGCGAUUCGAUGUGUCAGUCAAACAUGCGACAUGAACGAUCCUAUUGGUUGGCCACCGCUGUCCCACGGUCAGAGAAACCGCUUCCCGUGAACGAGACUGAGGAUCGCAUCGCCCGUUGUGUCGUUUGCGAGGCUCCAACCUACGUGUUCGCGUUUCACAGUCAGGGAGAGACACUGGAACCAUGUCCCAACACUUGGCAAGAACUAUGGACUGGUGUCAGCUUAAUUUUGCAUACAUCGGGAAAACAUGGUGGAGGGCAACAGUUGUCCUCUCCGGGAAGCUGCAUGGAGCAAUUCCGCUAUUCCCCAGUAAUCGAGUGUAACAACAACGUCGGUAUGUGUCACUAUUGGUCCGAUGCCAAGGUUUAUUAUCUCCGUGCUCUGAGUAGGGACAAAAAUCAAUUCGAAAAACCACAAGGUUUCACAAUGAAAUCAACUGAAGGACCUGUGUUGAACAAUGUCAGCAAAUGUCGUGUGUGUAUGAAAACACCGUACUGAUGGAUCCUUUUCCCCUACACUCCACCGUACCCACGUCCCCGACAUCGUAAAGCAUCAACGUUCUACGAAUGGAGUUGACAAAAGUUUCUCCUUAACCAUGCUACACCUUACAAACCAUCCGUUCCCAUUCUGAUGCUGCGUUUGUACCUUCAUGGGGCUGUGAACGGUAAACACUCCACCACAUUACACACCACUUACACUCGACCUGCGCAACCAAGCUCCCACAUUCAUCAAACUAGCCGCAGCUUUCCCAUAGGUGAGUUACAAUCAGAUCGGACACCGGCUCACCUAACGACUCUGCUUUGGGUGGGCGAAACGGCUUCAACUUACGCUCACUUGUGCGUCGGACCACCAUCCCAUAGGUAUUACAUAUUAUUUUUUACCAUUCAAGCUGAUACCAACACCAGGAGAGACCACUGUGCGUUCACAUUACCAGCGACCUGUUUCCUUCUCUCCCCCUUCUACUUACUUUCCACUAACUUUACGGUGUCAAUACAACAUAAAGAUUGACUGCUUC